AUGUCCAGCGAAGUCACAGUCGUCGUGGCCGCCUCCACUCCAUCAACCUCGAUUGUCGUGCCGGUCACCAACACCAACCCACCGGUAACAAUCAUCCAGCCUUCCACACCGCCUUCCACAGUCUUCAUCACGGCUACUCCGGAAGCUGGCACUACCGUCACCGUCAAACAGACCCAGCUGCCCGCAGCAAAGACCGUCACCACCGUCACAACCACAGGAUGGGCACCUCCGUCAUGGUCCACAACGUACAUGCUGCCCCCGACGCCAAUCGUGACCCUGGAGCAAUCUCCAGCCCCCACCACAGACGUCUACCUGGUCUACCCCACGCCGCAAGCAUACAAUGUGUUCCCGUGCCAGUCGGACCACACAUACUACAUUCCCGAGUUUCUCGAGGGCAAUGACAACCACUUUGCCGUGUGCUCCAAGGGUCAGGUAUGGACGUCGGCAGCGCUGUGCGGCCCCGAUAAUGCCACCAUCUUGAACGGCACUACCGCCAGCAUCACCGCACCACUCCCCGACUUUGAGUUCUACACCACCAAGCCCGUCUUCUACCUCAACGCGCCCCCAGUGCAGUGCUACCGAGGAGGCGCCUGGGUGCUUGCCUACGACACUGUGGUGGCCUCUGCUCAGACCCAAGCAACAAAAUACGUCGACGCUAAUGCAGCCCCUGGAGGCGCUGCUGCUGUCCCCACGGCCGUGGCCGGCGCAGCGCUGCUGGCUCUGCUGUUCUAG